GUUAUCCUAAUCAUGUCAUGAAAACACGUACAUCAAGGGAGAGGAAACCAAGUAAGUUCAAGGUCUCUCCGUUUGUACACAAUUUAAGGAAGAUGGUAAAACGUGAAGCAUCAGAGGUAUAAUACAAAUAGUUUAAUAUCAUUGUUCUUAUUUUUGAUACUUAACAUAUAUAGUUAAUAAUUAUGUCUUGUUUUCGAAUUAGUCAAUCCCCAUGUCCAUUCGUGAAGACGUGGUGGAUACUCAAUCAUUCAAUGUACUUCAAUCUCUUGUCGCUGAUUAUGUUUUCAAUAAAGCAUUGUCAAAAAGGUUUGUCGUGUCUAGAACAUUCAUAGAUGUGUUGUUACAAUUUUAGCCUUCAUAUGCUUCCAAUUUACUCAAGUUUGUUUGAACAUAUUAUUAUUUUAGUGAGCUUCUUGUUGACUUUGGUCAUGAACAUGGAGUUCGUGGAGAGUUUGAGUGCUUACGUCUUAGACAAAAUUUGAUGGAUGUUGUAAGUACCUACUUCAUUUAUAUCAAAUGCAUGCUAUAUUAGUUAAAUAAAUUUAUUGAAGUUAUUGUUCAACAACAGGUAAUAAAUCUAGAAGCCUCAAAGCUAAAUUAUUUUGAAAGACAAUUCAUAGGCAUACGAAGUAUAAGAUGCUAUCUUCCCACGACAUUUUCACAAAUGAUUUUGUGCGGGAGUCCUCAUCCUUUUUUCGAUAGAAAAACAUCCAUCGUGAGUAAGUACAUUAGCGAAUUGGAUGAUUGCGAGAAGCUAUUUAUUCCAAUGCAUGACGAUUGCCCUGGUCAUUGGUAUCUGUGCGUCAUUGACUUCAAACACUUUGAUAUCCAAAUUUUGGAUUCAUUACGAUCGAAAAGUCGGGACGAGUUCCGGUUUAAGAGUGUCAAAAUAGUGGUUGAAUUUUGUCAAACGUUCUUCAAACUGUAUGACAUAGGGAAAGAUGUCUUCCAAUUCUCCAUUGAUUGGGCUCCUUCGAUUUCGACCCAAGAUAAUGGGUGGGACUGUGGAGUGCAUGUCAUUAGACAUAUGCAGAGAUUCAAAAAUGGUGAUUCGAUGAUGAGCUCCGACUUUUGUAAUUUUGUUAAAAUACUUCGAGAAAUAGCAUGUGAUUUAGUUUUACACGAGGGAAAUAGAGAAAAACAAACCAUUGUGGCUAUUGUUUGUACAAAGACGUCGACACGAGCAAUGAAAAAAUUAUUAUUAUGAUA